UCGAACCAAAAACGUGGCUGUAUCUGGGAGAAACGCAGAGCAAGACCAAAGAGAAUGGCCAAGACUAUGGCGGUGGGAGGAGGAGGAGUUCCGGUCAUCUUCAUCAUCGCCUUUCUGAUCCUCUGCGGCGCCGCAGAUCUGGUUUCCUCCGACGCCUCCAAUCACCGUUACAAAGAAGGAGAUGUAGUCCCGCUCUAUGCCAACAAGGUCGGGCCCUUCCACAACCCCAGUGAAACCUACAGGUACUUUGAUCUCCCGUUCUGCUCGCCAGAUGCGGUUAAAGAGAAAAAGGAAGCUCUUGGUGAAGUAUUGAAUGGGGAUCGUUUAGUGAGUGCUCCUUACAAACUCGAGUUCCUGAAACAUAAAGAUUCAGAACAAGUUUGCAAAAAGAGUCUCACGAAGGAAGAAGUGGCCAAGUUCAGAUCUGCUGUGAACAAGGAUUAUUACUUUCAAAUGUAUUAUGAUGACUUGCCCAUCUGGGGCUUCAUAGGGAAGGUUGACAAGGAGAACAAAGACCCAAGCGAGUACAAGACCUACCUCUAUAAGCACAUUCAUUUUGAUAUCUUGUACAACAAGGAUCGUGUGAUCGAAAUCAACGUUCAAACAGAUCCUCACGCUCUAGUUGACCUUACUGAGGAUAAGGAAGUUGAUGUUGAGUUUUUGUAUACAGUGAAAUGGAGGGAGACAAACACUCCUUUCGAUAAGAGGAUGGAUAAGUAUUCUCACUCCUCAUCACUGCCUCAUCAUUUAGAGAUCCAUUGGUUCUCCAUUAUCAACUCAUGUGUCACGGUUCUACUCUUGACUGGGUUUCUUGCCACCAUUCUCAUGCGAGUGCUUAAGAACGAUUUUGUCAAAUACGCCCAUGACGAGGAAGCAGCUGAAGACCAAGAAGAGACUGGAUGGAAGUACAUCCAUGGAGAUGUAUUUAGGUUUCCCAAACACAAAUCUCUGUUUGCAGCAGCUCUUGGUUCUGGCACCCAACUAUUUACACUUACGAUCUUCAUCUUCAUACUUGCUCUUGUUGGUGUCUUUUAUCCAUACAACCGGGGGGCUUUAUUUACCGCUCUAGUUGUAAUUUAUGCCCUCACAUCGGGAAUCGCAGGCUAUACUGCAACUUCAUUUUAUUGCCAGCUAGAGGGGACGAACUGGGUUAGGAAUCUGUUGUUGACGGGAUGCCUCUUCUGUGGACCUUUGUUUCUCACAUUUUGCUUUUUGAAUACUGUCGCAAUUGCUUACACAGCCACUGCAGCACUUCCAUUUGGCACAAUUGUGGUUAUAGUUCUAAUAUGGACACUUGUUACAUCACCUUUAUUGGUAUUGGGUGGGAUUGCUGGAAAGAACAGUAAAGCUGAGUUCCAAGCUCCUGUUCGAACCACCAAGUAUCCCAGAGAGAUUCCACCUUUACCUUGGUACCGGGCAACAGUCCCUCAAAUGGCAAUGGCUGGUUUUCUGCCUUUCAGUGCUAUUUAUAUUGAACUGUACUACAUCUUUGCCAGUGUCUGGGGACACAGGAUUUACACCAUUUAUAGCAUCUUGUUUAUCGUGUUCAUCAUUCUUCUGAUAGUCACCGCUUUCAUUACUGUGGCAUUGACAUAUUUCCAACUAGCUGCUGAGGACCAUGAGUGGUGGUGGAGAUCUUUUCUCUGUGGUGGAUCGACGGGCAUAUUUAUCUAUGCCUACUGUUUGUAUUACUACUACGCCCGCUCUGAUAUGUCUGGAUUUAUGCAAACAUCCUUCUUCUUUGGUUACAUGGCAUGUAUCUGCUAUGGUUUCUUCCUCAUGCUUGGAUCUGUAGGCUUCCGGGCAGCUUUGCUUUUUGUCCGUCACAUAUACCGAUCCAUUAAGUGCGAGUAAGCUAGUUCUCCAAGAAUCGAAGAAAGGUUUCUUGUGUUUUCCAUCUUAUAGGCACCCUUGUAGAGGAAUUUCAUCAAAUUAAUUUUGUAGUGCCUCCUGUAUUAAGCAAAAGCCCCAAGUGCUUUGACCGCAAUAUGUUAGAUCACUAUAUGGCAACUAUUCAUAGAGACAGUCUGUAUCACUACUUUCCAAAACUUUGCAAUACAUUCUUUAAAUAUCUUCUAU